AUGCAUCUUCAGUACAGCAUCUCUACCUUCCCCUUCCUGCAGCAGUCUAUUGUGUCCCCCCAAGUCCUGCGCCUGGAGCGGAAGUUGACGGUGGCGCUAGAAGAGCAGCCUGAUAAUUCGGAGUAUUACUGUCAACGCGCUUAUGCUCACAUUCUUCUUCAGAAUUACCAUGAUGCCAUUACGGAUGCAAAGAAUUCCCUUGCACUUGACCCCAGGAACGCCACAGCCUUUCUUAGACAAGGGAUAGGUGAAUACCACAUGGAGAACUACAGAGCUGCAAUGAAGACUUUCAGUGAAGGACAGAAGCUGGAUAGUACAGACGAGAUGUUUACUGUCUGGAUUGAAAGAUGCGAAGAAGCCCUUAGCAGGAAAUUGCAGGCUGAAGUGGGCACGCAGGUCUUGCAACACCCGUCUCGGCCACCUAAGUUCAAGCAUGACUGGUACCAAACAGAAUCUCACGUGAUCGUUACAAUUAUGAUCAAGAACGCGAAGAAGGAUGAUGUGAAUGUGCAGUUUUCCGAGAAGGAGCUAGCUGCCUCGGUGAGAGUUCCCCUAGAGGAAGACUACAGGUUACAGCUUUAUCUUCUUCAUUCCAUCGUUCCAGAACAAAGUACAUUCAAAGUGCUUUCUACAAAGAUUGAGAUAAAACUGAAGAAGCCCGAGGCCGUGCGAUGGGAGCAACUGGAGAGAGAGGGAGGUUCUCCGAAGCUGAAACAUUUCACCCCAGAUGCCAUGCAAUAUCCAUCCUCCUCUCAUUAUACAAGGAACUGGGACAAACUGGUGGUUGAGAUCAAAGAGGAAGAGAAGAACGAAAAGCUGGAGGGUGAUGCUGCUUUAAACAAACUUUUCCAGCAGAUCUACUCGGAUGGUACUGAUGAAGUGAGGCGUGCCAUGAACAAAUCUUUUAUGGAAUCUGGUGGGACUGUUCUGAGCACAAACUGGUCUGAUGUGGGUAAAAGGAAAGUAGAAGUCAAUCCUCCAGAUGACAUGGAGUGGAAGAAGUUCUGACCUGUUCCUGUGCCACCCACAUGCAUUGUGUGUGAACAGAACAUCCUUGGGGCUGAAGCAGUGAAUAUUUUUAUUUUAUUUUUGGGAGGAUUGUUGCCGUCUUCAUAUGUUCUACACGCUUUAGGAAUUCCUUAAUCUGCAGGUUUAAAAGGUGCGAUCAGGAAGCUAAAGAGCUGAAGUUUGUUGCCACUCCCGUGCACGAAGGGGCUUUUUUGUGAUAUCCCAAACCCCAGGUCCUAACACCCAUUUUUUUUUCCUGCUGGGCUGGUUAGUUGUGCAUUCAAGGGACUCUUCAAAACCUUCAGUGAACGACUUAGGAUUGUUGCCUUAUUAACUGCACACUAUGUCUGUUAAAUUAUUUGCUCUAGUGACUUCGGGGUCAAUGCACUUCUCAGCUACAGUGUUAAGAUUGUUCUAAUUCUGUGUACAAAUAAAACUGUAAAGAGAGAGCUUUUCCCACAAAGUCAGCCUCAUUCUGAUUCGAUCAAACAGAAACAGUUGUGGAAAGCAGAUGGUCGCUUCCAGAACUGCCCUUCCUGCGGGCGUGCCUUUUGCAUGGCAAAAAAGAGAACCAGUUUUUAUUCUCAGUAUCACUAUUCAAUUUCAGUGAAAGUAUUUUCUGUAAAAACAUAUCAGAAACAAGCAGAUUCAGAAUGUAGCAGGAGAAGAGGCUGCUCAAAAUAAACACACCCCAAUCUUUGCAGGCGUGAUCCAGUUAUUUCUCAGAGGACCCUCAGAUUGAAUAAAGGUUAUUUUCUUUAA